AGAUCCAGACUUAGUCUCGAUCCAGAUCUGGAACCCAGAACUCGGAUUACCCCACAUUACCGCAGUCUAGUUCCAACUCCAGUCCUACUAGCAGAAACAGAAGCGCAUCAAGAUGACCACAGACUUUCUGUUCCCCAAAAUAGCGGAUUGCUCCUAUGUGUCCUGUUACUGCGAGGAGAACGUGUGGAAACUCUGCGAGCAGGUGAAGCGGACGCGGCCCGAGGAGCUGGGCACAUGCUAUGCUGUGUUCGUGUCUAACGAGGGGCGAACGGUGCCGCUGUGGCGCCAGAAGGCCGGACGUGGCGACGAUCAAGUUGUGAUAUGGGACUACCAUGUAUUCUUCAUGCACAAUCCCUCGCCGAACCGCUGCCUGGUGUUCGACCUGGACACCACGCUGCCCUUCCCCACAUACUUCCACAAGUACGUGACGGAGACAUUUCGCUCCGACCUGGCACUGCGACCAGAGCAUCACAGAUUCUUCAGAGUCAUACCCGCAGACACAUAUCUCAUUGAGUUCUCCUCAGACCGGCGGCACAUGCGACGGCCGGAUGGCAGCUGGAUCAAGCCGCCGCCCUCAUAUCCACCCAUUCUAUCAAACACCAAUAUGCACUGUCUGGGCGACUUCAUCUGCAUGAGUGCCGGAAAGGGCCCCGGCGCCGUAUACAGCCUCUCGGAAUUCGUGCACAACUUCUACAAGUCGCCCAAUAUGGUUGCGCAACACAACAAGUAAAGAGGAUCCACAUCCGUAUCCGCGACCAGGCACACGCAUCCAUCAUAGUCCCAUAAUCGAUGUCCCUUAGGAUAAUGUCAAGAUAGUUUAGUUUUUGUGGUGCAGUUGCUAGCCAGAGAGACAGUUAAUUACCAAUUGCAUAUACAUAAAAACAUACAUAUAUAUACACAUGAAUAUAUUUAUGAUAUUGUAUUUUUGUAUUCAGAUUAACAGAUAGAAGACAAGCCAAGCCGCUCGCCGCGCUUCGCUGUGCUCUUCAGAUCAUUUAUAUUGAAAUUCAAUUCUAAAGAAAUUAUAAAUCUAAUUAUA